CCAUCUUGCGUCCCCGCGUGUGUGCACCUAAUCUCAGCUGGUCCGCCCGAGACCCCCUGAGCGCCAACCCUAGUCCCCCGCGCGGUCCCAUUUCCGCUCCAACAAGAUGAAAGAAACUAUCAUGAACCAGGAGAAACUCGCCAAACUGCAAGCACAAGUGCGCAUUGGUGGGAAAGGAACUGCUCGCCGAAAGAAGAAGGUGGUUCAUAGAACAGCUACAGCAGAUGACAAAAAACUUCAGUUCUCCUUAAAGAAGUUAGGGGUAAACAAUAUCUCUGGUAUUGAAGAAGUGAAUAUGUUCACAAACCAAGGAACAGUGAUCCACUUUAACAACCCCCAAAUUCAGGCAUCGCUGGCAGCGAACACUUUAACCAUUACAGGCCAUGCUGAGACAAAGCAGCUGACAGAAAUGCUACCCAGUAUCUUAAACCAACUUGGUGCAGACAGUCUGACUAGUUUAAGAAGACUGGCUGAAGCUCUGCCCAAACAAUCUGUGGAUGGAAAAGCACCACUUGCUACCGGAGAGGAUGAUGAUGAUGAAGUUCCAGAUCUUGUGGAGAAUUUUGAUGAAGCUUCCAAGAAUGAAGCAAACUGAAUUGAGUCAACUUCUGGAGAAGAUAAAACUUGAGGAAGUUACUGGGAGCUGCUAUUUUAUAUUAUGACUGCUUUUUAAAAU